UACAACAUGCCCCAAAUUCCAAGAUGGCGAAACAUAACAGCGAAGCCUGCAGCGGACAAGAGAAACUGGAGAACCUUCCUUCCUUGGCCUUUGAAAUGAGCAUGACUGGCCACAGCUACAGUGUCUACAAUGCUGUCUACGUUGUUGCACAUGCUUUACACGCCUUGUACCAGUCCAAGUCCAAACACAGAGCAGUAAUGCAAAGGGAGAAACUGAAGUUUCAGGAUCUGCAUGCUUGGCAGGUACCACCUGUUUCUGUAUGUAACCCAAACUGCCUUCCUGGUUCCAGCAAAAAGAAGAAGGAAGGGGCAAAAUUUUGCUGCUAUGAUUGUUCUCCAUGUCCUCUAGGCAAGGUUUCACCUGAAAAGGACAUGGAUGUAUGUACCAUGUGUCCAGAAGAUCACUAUCCAAACAAGAAUAAAUCUCAUUGUAUUCCGAAGACAAUCAACUACCUCUCAUUGAAAGAACCUCUGGGGAUAAGCUUAUCUUUUUUUGCUGUUUUAUUUUCUCUGCUCACAGUCCAGGUCCUGGUCAUCUUCAUUAAGCAUCAGGACACGCCAAUUGUCCGGGCCAACAACCGGGAUCUGACCUAUGCUCUCCUCUUCUCCCUACUGCUCUGCUUUCUCUGCCCCUUCCUUUUCCUCAGCCCACCCAGAAAAGUGACCUGUCUCCUCCGGCAAGUGGCUUUUGGAUCCAUUUUCACCCUAACUGUUUCCUGCAUCUUGGCCAAAACCAUCACUGUGGUUCUUGCCUUCAUGGCCACCAAACCAGGAUCCAGAAUGAGGAAAUGGAUGGGCAAGAGACUGGCCAUUUCCAUUGUGUUUUAUUGUUCUCUUUUCCAAAUAGGCCUUUGUGUUUUAUGGUUGGGAAUCUCCCCACCUUUCUUGAAUCAAGACACGCAGUCCAUUUUUGGAGAAAUAAUACUUGAAUGCAAUGAAGGAUCAGCCAUCAUGUUUUACUGUAUGUUAGGUUACAUGGGCUUUCUAGCUACAAUCAGCUUUGUUGUAGCCUUUUUAGCUAGGAAAUUGCCUGACAGUUUUAAUGAGGCCAAAUUCAUCACCUUCAGCAUGUUGGUGUUUUGUAGUGUUUGGGUAUCAUUCGUUCCCGUCUAUUUAAGCACAA